AGGUGUCUUCGGGGGCGCCCCCCGCCUCUGGAUUUCGCGAGCGCAGACUGCAGGGUAGAGGUUGGUUUCUGCUCUAACUGUUCCAUCUUCCCUGGAGACAUGUCCCCCAUGGAUGCAAGCAGCCUGGCGUCCUGCAAUGACAGUAGGGCCUGGGAGCCCUUUGACCCCACGGACUUGAACCUGACCGACAAGGAGCUGAGACUCAAGUACCUGGGGCCCCAACAGACAGAGCUGUUCAUGCCCAUCUGUGUGACAUACCUGGUGAUUUUCGUGGUGGGCACCCUGGGCAACGGGCUCACCUGCACGGUCAUCCUGCGCUACAGGACCAUGCGCACGCCCACCAACUACUACCUCUUCAGCCUGGCCGUGUCAGACCUGCUGGUGCUGCUGGUGGGCCUGCCCCUGGAGCUCUAUGAGAUGUGGCGUAACUACCCCUUCCUGCUGGGAGCCGGCGGCUGCUACUUCCGCACGCUGCUCUUUGAGACGGUCUGCCUGGCCUCUGUGCUCAACGUCACCGCCCUGAGCGUGGAGCGCUACAUGGCCGUGGUGCACCCACUGCAGGUCAGGUCCGUGAUGACCGGGGCCCACGUGCGCCGCGUGCUCGGGGCCAUCUGGAGCCUUGCUGUGCUCUGCUCUCUGCCCAACACCAGCCUGCACGGCAUCCAGCAGCUGGUUCUGCCCUGCCGGGGUACGGUGCCCAGCUCGGCUGUGUGCACGCUGGUCCGCCCAAAGGCCCUCUACAACCUGGUCAUACAGAUCACCACUCUGCUCUUCUUCUGCCUGCCCAUGGCCACCAUCAGCGUGCUCUACGUGCUCAUCGGGCUGCGGCUUCGGCAGGAGAGGCUGCUGCUGCUCAGGCAGGAGCCCUGGGGCAGAGCCAGGUCCAGAGACAGACGCAGCCUCCAGCCGCUACAGGAUAGAAGUCGAACGCAGGUGACCAAGAUGCUAUCUGUGCUGGUCCUGGUGUUUGGCAUCUGCUGGGCCCCGUUCCACAUCGACCGCCUCAUGUGGAGCUUCGUGUCCCACUGGACCGACGACCUGCACCUGGCCUUCAAGUACGUGCACAUCAUCUCUGGCGUCUUCUUCUACCUCGGCUCGGCCGCCAACCCCGUGCUCUACAGCCUCCUGUCCACCCGCUUCCAGGAGACCUUCCGGGAUGCCCUGUGCUUGGGGACCCGGAGCCACCGCCACCGGCUCUGCAGCAGCCCCCGCAGCCUCAGCAGGGUGAGCACGGGCAGCACCCUGUGUGACAUGGGCUUCCCGGGCAGCAGGGCCCACCCUCUGGCUGAGACGGGCCCCCUCCCCACGGGAGCCUCCCAGCAGCUUCACCUGGAGGAGCCAGCGGGCCUCAAGCAGCUUUGGGAGCCACACCCGCCCAACUCCGCGGGGAUGUCUCCAUGCCUGUCCCCCUUUGUGGCCUGUCCACACUGCAGCCACCUCAGUGACUCCUGCCCCCACCACGUACCAGAAGGGACAUAAGGUUACCGUCUGCCCUCCAGACGCCCAGACCCCCAGGCAAAGUCCUUCCCUGCGGGACCAUUGCAGCUUUCCUUUGGGGACAUCCCCACUGCUGUCACCAGUUUCUGAAAUGUUUUCAUGGGUCCCUGCCUUCCCUUGGCACUUUUUGCCCCUCCCUCACUUCGGGCCUCCACCUGGGACCUUGUUCUUGCCUGACCCCUCUGCAGCCCCAGGUCAGUUUAUUCCGCUCUGGGAUCUCCACCUGGUGGCACUGCUGGGUGGUAGGGCUGCCAGCAGCCUGGGGGGGCCUGGUUCUUGUCUCAACCCUGUUGCCGCCUUGCUGUGUGGCAUCAAGCAAAUCACCUCCCCUUUCCAGGCCUCGGUCGCCUGUCUGCAAAAAAUGAAAGGGGUCCCCCCCAGCCUGAGUGUCACACUUUGACACGUUAGCUGUGUUUUCUCUGCGUGUGCAUAAGUCAUGGCUGUACUGAAACCAACUGAGGCCCUCAGGUUACCAAGGCGGAAAUGACUGUCUGCGCCCUCCCAGCCCCCACGCCAGUCCCGCCCUGCCUGCCCUGUGCACGCCCCUGCCCCUUCUGAAGAUCGGCUGCACA